GGUGACGACAGCAGGUCCCUUCUCCCACUCUGAUUUAGAACCCCUUUGUGGAGAGGACCUUUCUUUUCCUAAUAUACUAAUAAAUGAACAGCAUUUCCCGCCCCUUCCCGCCGCAUCACUGUUUCCGGCAGUCUGUUGGUUACCAAGGCAACUUCGAUUGACUGCUCCUGAGUCUAAAGCCAAAUUCAGUCGGAGAGUGACAGAGUAAUGGCGAGAGCUGGCGAAAGGGUUUUUUCUUCUACACGACUGACAGUCCCUGCAAGACAGAUGUCCUGUAAGAAAAGGGCUGCAGUAAGAAAAAUCUCUACCACAUCUCUAGAUUCUGGUUACUCGUUAUGCUCCACUGACUCUGAAGACCAGGUGUUGGUCAUCAAUAAAGGGCUGGAUCAAUGUGCUGCAUUGCUACACGACAUCUUGCAGACUGAUGUCACCGAGAAAACACUGAAGUCCCACAGAAUUCCUCUUUGCAAAGGGAGCAUGAAGUUGUCCAAUGCAAAAGGGAAGAAGAGCGCUCUGAAGAAGCCGACCACCACGCCAUAUGUGUAUAAGGAGAAAGGAUUUCUGAGAAAGUCUGCACCCGUGAGGAGCUGUAACAUGAAUGUACAGAAACCCUGUGUCAGUGUACAGUAUCCAGGACGACCCACUACAAACUGCGACCAUGUACACACUGAGAUGCAGCAUCUUCACAGAACAUCCUCACAGGUGCCAUCAAUGUCUGAGCAGGGUCCUGAAGCUUCUGCUCUGUAUAACUGCCGAUUGCCCACAUCCACCCCGGCCCUAUCCCCCCAACUUUCUGUAAACCCUCAGAACUGUACCAAUGAAGGCUACCACCAUACAGUGCCACCAGGGGGAGCAUCUUACCAUCUAUCUCCCAUGACUACAACAUCUGCAGCCCACACUGUUCCCUCCGCAGUGCACAAUAUAAAAACAGCUGUGCAGUAUAACUACACUGAUCUAUUGUCACAACUUAAUAGCUACAAGAAUCAGAUCCAGGACACUGAUUUGCUGCAGUGUGUGGCUACUCACUUGGCUCAGCUGCAGUGCUCCGAGAACCCUGGCUCGGACCAACUGGAACAUGUGUGUGAGAGAGAGCAUAAAACAAGAGAGGCUGAGAUGUCCAGUGAGGAGGAUAACUCUGUUGAUAUGAACAUAGCUCCUGUGAGAGAUACCAGCUGUCAGACCAGCUUCAUCAAGUGUAAAAAGAGCCCGGAGAAAACAGAAGAUAAAAUAAAAACUGUGAAAUAUCUGCUGGGAGAGAUAAAGGCAUUAGUGGCCGAUCAAGAUGAUGGGGAAGCUCUGCGUCUGGUUAACGAGUUGGAACACAUUAUGUCUGUGCUGCCUGGUGUAGUCGAAAGUGGCAAUGUACAUGCAGAGAUUGCUAUUGCUCUGCAGCCUUUAAGAAGUGAGAACGCUCAGCUUCGGAGGCGCUUACGAAUUUUAAACCAGCAGCUGCGAGAUCGGGAGCGGGUAAUGAGAUCUGACGAGCAGAACAACAAAUUGACCUUUCUCCAGUCGCUGAAUGAGAAGCUUCAACAUCAAUUCGAAGAGUCUCAGACAUGUCUCCUGUCCCUGCAGUGUAAAAAUGAGGAGCAUCUAAGAAUUAUUGACAUCCAAAAGGAUGAAAAUAGGAAGUGUACACACAUCAUCCAAGAAAAGGAUCAAGAAAUACUUCAAAUUAGGCAGCAGAAUGACAUAAUUUGUGCUAAAAUGAAAACGGAAGUUGGAGAGGUUUUGGGGAAGAUGAAGAGCGUCCAGUUUAAGUUGGAGGCUUCAGAGAAAGAGAAUCAGAUUCUGGAGAUAUCUUUGAGACAGCGGGAUAUGGAAGUCAGCCGCCUCCGAGAACUCACAAGGACUCUGCAAGCCAGUAUGGCCAAACUGCUGUGCGACUUCGGCAAGGGAACCGCAAGGCCUAAACGUGAGCAGAAUUUGACGCAGUCCAUGCUGGACAGUUAUGAAAAACAGCUCCAGCAUGACAAUUGUCCAGCCAGCACUUCUAUAAUGAACUAUCUGCAGCGAUUAGAGUCUGACCAAGUGUUUACAAGCACCGAUAGACCUCUUCCCGUUAAAACAGGCCAAAUACAGUACAGUAAUGGGGUAACAUCUGACCCCAGUGAUUUCACAGUAGAAAAAGUUCACAUUUGUAAUCAGAGUUCUGAGAAGACUCAGAUCCCAGUAACUCCUUGUAACCUCCAAAAACACAGGCUGGAAUUAGGGAGUGAAUCUUGUUAUUUAACUAGUGACGAAUACAAGCCAGAUGAGACUACAUAUCUACCCAUGGCAAGCAGCCCUCAUAACGUAAACUUUGUUUCACCGCGAAGAAGGAUGUGUACCCCACCUAAGGUUUGUAAUCUGCAAAGAGACAGUGAGACUGCAUAUAGUAAUAGAGCAUUUAGUACUUUGGAAAAUUACCCUGAGGUCCCAAAGGCUUCAACAAAUAUCUCAGACGCAUUAGAUCAAAUCACCAACAUUCAACCUGCAAUCCUGACCAUUGAACCAUGCAUCAAAACUGCCUCUCUGUCUAAAGACUAUGUUCAGACGUAUCCACCUAUCCUGCAGCAGGCGAGUACCUUGGAGGUCAUCGAUAACCAUCCAACUGACCACUCAGCGUUAGACUUAAGGACCGAACAGUCAGAAUGGACAAUUUCCUCCUUCUCCACCUUUACAUCACACGAUGAGCAGGAUUUUAGAAAUGGCCUUGCUGCUUUGGAUGCUAAUAUCGCUAAACUGCAGCAGACUUUACAGAUUGGUAUUGUUAAAAAGUAGUGCUUUGCAGUAUGCAAACCAUGUGUGUUAAUGUUUAAAUUAUUUUAUAACAAGAUAAUUAUGUAUGUCUUCUACAAAUGGAAUUUAGUUGUAAAAUGAAAAUUGGGAUUGAUUGCUGCUUUGAAGUAUUCUCUUAUGAAUAAAUAUACUUUGCUUUUA